AUGAAAAAUGUCCAUCACAUUGAACCUACCCUUAGCCACUACGCAUGUAUGAUUGACAUGUUUGGACAUGCUGGAUUGAUGGAAGAUGCAUAUAAUUUUAUAAAAAGUAUGCCGAUUGAACCAGAUGUUAUAGUGUGGAGUUCACUGUUGUCUUCUUGCAGGGUUCACAAAAAUGUGGAUUUGGCUAAAGUUGCAGAUGCAAAAUUGCUUCUUAUUGAUCCCAACAAUAGCGGUGCUUACUUGGCGCUUGCUAAUACUUUUUCAGCUUGUGGUAAAUGGGAGGUUUCUAAUAAGAUUAGAAAGUUAAAGAAAGUUCAGGAGUUGUCUGAAUCAGGGAGUGUUGUAACUGGUUUUAAAAUGAGAGUCGUCACCCUUAAUUUUUAUCUUGAGGAAGAGAAUAUAAAGGAUAAUUCUAAAAAGUUAGAGAUUAUAGGUUUUUGGACUCGUUCUUAG